AUAAAAAUGAUUUAAUCUGAAGAUCAAUAAUGUAGUAAUAACUCAAUCGAUACUCUUCAACAAUAUGCAAAUUAACUUGAAUAAGCUAUUAUUCAAAAACAAUAAAGUAUUGAAGCUUAGAGGGUGAAAUUUUUUGAAAUAAUAAAAAAGUAAAAUUUUAAAGUAAAUUAGGAUUUCUUUUGAUUUUGAUAUACAUAAUAUUGAACCUGAAUAGAUUGAGAAAUAUUUAAAAUCUAUAGCUUUGAUACCUGAAGAUUUUGAUGAACCAUUAAUAAAAAAGAAAAAUAAAAAUAAUAUAAUUCGAAUAAAGAUGGUUUAAGAAUAAUAAGUAAUUUAAGAAGUGCCAUCAAAAUAGAAAAGAAAAUACACAAAGAAAUAACCAUCUGAAGAAAAGUAAUAAUAAAAAAGAAAGAGAAGAACAAAAAAAGAAAUGGAGAAAGCAAGAAUGCAAGAGUAAUAAUAAUAAUGA